CAAACAAAAAAAAUCUUUUUCCAUAAUAAAAACUCUCCAUUUUUUUUUAUUAAAUAAGAAAUAUAGAAGAUGGCAGAAUCUCAAAACAUAGGAUCUCUCAUAAAUAUUGCCAGAAUUUUGUUAUUCGCGUUUAGCUUGGUGUGUUUUACUAUAGACACGAACAAAAUUUCAACAGUAAAUUCAAUAGAAUCGCCUUUUGGGUCUAUUCCGAUCCCUAAAGGUUCUUCUUCGGGUUUUGGGCCCAAGAUCGAUUCAAAAUUGGAUGGCUUUAAAAGUGUCCUCGCAUUUUCUGUGUUUAACGAUCUUGUUUCCUUUCUUAUUAGCGCAUACUAUGUUGUUAUGAUUGAAAAAAAAAGGAAUCAGGAACCUAAUAAUUACUAGGAAACGGUAACCGUUGGUGCGUCCGAAGCAUCAUAAAUUACAUGUUCAUAAAUUUAAACUGAACACUAAAAAUAUAACACUAAAAAUGCUAAAAAAAGUAAUAGUAUCACUAAAAAAUGUCAUUUUAUUAUCAUACUUUAAUACUUUGUACCU